AUGGCCCUGCUUCAUGGAUUAUUGGUGUGGGUAAGGCUGACUUCAUCAAUAAAAACGAGUCAGUUUGGAAACUUCCUGCAUCAAGGAAGAGAUAUUGGCUGUCUCGUACAUGGAUGUUUUAAUGCCUCCAUCCCAAAGCCUGAGCAGAUGUCUACUGAGCAGUGGCAUACUGUGGAGAUAAACGUGGGUGAUGAACUGGAAUUUGAAGUAUUUCGUUUAGACUCAGAUGCUGCUGGAGUGUUUUGCAUUCGAGGAAAACUAAAUAUCGCUAGUUUACAAUCUAAGUGCAUUGAAAUGUCAGAAGAAGUAGCAGAAACUGUCACAGAGGAAGCUGUUGAAAAAAUUUUGAAGAAGAAAAAGAAAAAAAAGAAAGCCCCAGAAACAGGUGAAGUGGAUGUUAGCAUCACAGAGCUCACAGAUUUAGUAGAUGUGACUCCAAAGGAAGAGGCAGACCUGCAGAUUAGUAAUCCUGUGAAUGAUCUCUGUGAAGAAGAGCCAAAGAAGAAAAAGAAGAAGAAGAAAAAACAGCAGGAGUAUCAGGAUCAGGACCCUGUUCUCCAAGGUAGUGACUCCAGUGGUUACCAAAGUGACCAUAAAAAGAAAAUAUCUACUUUUCGAACUUUUUAG